GCGCAUCAGAGUUGCACUGACCAGGUCCAUCUAGGGUUGUGCGGAGCGGGGUGGGUGGAGUUGGACAUCACUGUGGCAGCAGCAGCCCUGCAGUCUGGGACCCCUCCGCAGGGGAGCGGAGGAGCCGCCCUGACCUAGUCUGGCCCAGCCCAGUCCAGCCUGCCCCAAGCGCCCCGCCCAGGAGUGGGUCCUGAGGCAAGAAAACCGAGGCCCUUCUCCAGUGUCGGCACGCAGGGAUCUGGACCUGGCCGCGGGUUAGAGCGUGGCCCUACUCCCUGUCCCCAGCAGCGUGCGGCCAUCAUGGACAAGAUCCUGGAGGCCGUGGUGACUUCGUCGUACCCCGCGAGUGUGAAGCAAGGGCUGGUGCGGCGCGUGCUGGAGGCGGCACGGCAGCCGCUGGAGCGGGAGCAGUGCCUGGCGCUGCUGGCCCUGGGCGCGCGCCUCUACGUGGGGGGCUCGGACGAGCUGCCGCGCCGCGUGGGCUGCCAGCUGCUGCACGUGGCGGGUCGCCACCACCCCGACGUCUUCGCCGAGUUCUUCAGCGCGCGCCGCGUGCUGCGCCUGCUGCAGGGCGGGGCGGGGCCGCCGGGGGCGCGCGCGCUGGCCUGCGUGCAGCUGGGGCUGCAGCUGCUGCCCGACGGGCCCGCGGCCGACGAGGUGUUCGCGCUGCUGCGGCGCGAGGUGCUGCGCACCGUGUGCGAGCGCCCGGGCCCCGCCGCCUGCGCGCAGGUCGCCCGGCUGCUGGCGCGCCACCCGCGCUGCGUGCCCGACGGCGCGCACCGCCUGCUCUUCUGCCAGCAGCUGGUGCGCUGCCUCGGCCGCUUCCGCUGCCCGGCCGAGGGCGAGGAGGGCGCCGUGGAGUUCCUGGAGCAGGCCCAGCAGGUGAGCGGGCUGCUGGCGCAGCUGUGGCGCGCGCAGCCCGCCGCCAUCCUGCCCUGCCUCAAGGAGCUGUUCGCGGUCAUCUCCUGCACAGAGGAGGAGCCGCCGUCCAGCGCCUUGGCUAGUGUGGUCCAGCACCUCCCAUUGGAGCUCAUGGAUGGAGUGGUCCGGAACCUCAGCAAUGACGACAGUGUGACAGACUCCCAGAUGCUGACCGCCAUCAGCAGGAUGAUCGACUGGGUAUCCUGGCCCCUGGGGAAGAACAUUGACAAGUGGAUCAUUGCCCUGCUGAAGGGCCUGGCCGCUGUUAAGAAGUUCAGCAUCCUGAUUGAGGUUUCGCUUGCCAAGAUUGAGAAGGUCUUCUCUAAGCUGCUGUACCCCAUUGUGCGGGGAGCUGCCCUGUCCGUCCUCAAGUACAUGCUCCUGACUUUCCAGCACUCCCACGAGGCCUUCCACCUGCUCCUCCCUCACAUUCCCCCCAUGGUGACUUCUCUGGUCAAGGAGGACUCGAACUCUGGGACCAGCUGCCUGGAGCAGCUGGCAGAGCUGGUGCAUUGCAUGGUGUUUCGGUUCCCAGGCUUCCCAGACCUGUAUGAGCCUGUCAUGGAAGCCAUCAAGGACCUCCAUAUUCCCAAUGAGGACCGAAUCAAGCAGCUGCUGGGGCAGGAUGCCUGGACCUCACAGAAGAGUGAACUGGCUGGCUUCUAUCCCCGGCUCAUGGCCAAGUCAGACACCGGCAAGAUUGGCUUAAUCAACUUGGGCAACACGUGCUUCGUGAACAGUGUCCUCCAGGCCUUAUUCAUGGCUUCUGACUUCCGGCACUGUGUUCUCCGCCUGACUGAGAACAACUCCCAGCCCGUGAUGACAAAGCUGCAGUGGCUCUUUGCCUUCCUGGAGCACAGUCAGAGGCCUGCCAUCUCUCCUGAGAACUUCCUGUCUGCAUCCUGGACGCCCUGGUUCAGCCCCGGCACCCAGCAGGACUGUUCAGAGUAUCUGAAGUACCUGCUGGAUCGGCUUCACGAAGAGGAGAAAACCGGGACCAGGAUCUGCCAGAAGCUCAAGCAGUCCAGCCUGCCGUCUCCACCGUCCCCACCGUCCGAACUCCCAAGCUCCAGUGCCACAGCUGUGGAGAAGAUGUUCGGAGGCAAGAUUGUGACUCGGAUAUGCUGCCUCCAGUGCCUCAACGUUUCCUCAAGGGAGGAGGCCUUCACAGACCUCUCACUGGCCUUCCCUCCUCCCGAGCGAAGCCGCCAGCGCCGCGUGGGUUCGGUGGCGCUCCCCACGGAGGAUGUGCGGGCCCAGGAGCUGGCCCUGGCGCCCACGGCCCCAGGCGCGCAGCGGCAGAGGAAGCAGUGCAUCACAGGGGACGCUCCCCGAACUGGGCUGGACAUAGGUGUGGGCCCUGUGGGCACUGGCCAACAGAGUGGGCAGGAAGAGAAGGUGGAGAGGGAGCAGGCCGGGAAGGAGAAGGAGGUGUCAGAGGAGGAGAAGGAAGGAGCAGGGGAAGAGGAGAAGGAAGAGGGGGAAGAGAAAGAGAAGAAGGAAGAUGAAAAGGAAAAGGAAGCUGAGGAUGGCAAGGAGAAGGAAGGGGACAUCCUGGCACCAGGGACCCACAGGGAGGCUGCCACCCCACCCCGGGAGCAGGCAUGUGGCCCUGAGGGCUCCCGCUCUGUCCUGGACUUGGUCAACUACUUCCUGUCCCCCGAGAGGCUGACCGCUGAGAACCGCUACUACUGCGAGUCCUGCUCCUCCCUGCAGGACGCGGAGAAGGUGGUGGAGCUGAGCCAGGGUCCACGCUACCUCAUCCUCACGCUGCUGCGUUUCUCCUUUGACCUGCGGACCAUGCGGCGCCGCAAGAUCCUGGACGAUGUCAGCAUCCCCCUCUUGCUGCGCCUGCCGCUGGCCGGGGGUCAGGGCCAGGCCUAUGACCUCUGUAGUGUGGUGGUGCACUCUGGCGUGUCCUCAGAGAGUGGCCACUAUUACUGCUAUGCCCGUGAGGGUGCUGCCCGGCCGGCCCCUGCCCUGGGAUCCACAGACAGGCCUGAGCCCGAGAACCAGUGGUACCUGUUCAACGACACCCGUGUGUCCUUCUCAUCCUUCGAGUCUGUGAGCAACGUUACCUCCUUUUUCCCUAAGGACACUGCCUACGUGCUCUUCUACCGCCAGCGGCCCAGGGAGGGGCCUGAGGCUGAGCCUGGCUCUCCCAGAGUCCGGGCAGAGCCUACCCUCCACAAGGACCUGAUGGAGGCCAUUUCCAAAGACAAUGUCCUCUACCUGCAGGAGCAGGAGAAGGAGGCCCGGAGCAGGGCAGCCUACAUCUCCACCCUCCCUGCCCCUCCACACUGGGGCAGGGGCUUCGAUGAAGACAAAGAUGAGGACGAAGGCUCUCCAGGGGGCUGCAACCCUGCAGGCGGCAAUGGCGACUUCCACAGACUGGUGUUCUAGUGGGAACUCCCACUUGUGGGGGGUCACAGCCAACCUCAGAGUGGGCCGGCUGGGGCUCAGGGCCCAGGCAGAGCAUUCUGCCAACGGGGAGCUGUGGAGGCAAGCCCAAGGUGAAGCAGGCCUUUCCGAGGGCAACGAGGAUGGAGAGGGACCAUCUGGGACGUCAGUCUGUAGCUUGAAAGGCACAGGGAAGCGGAAACCCAAAGCGCCUUAGGCAUUCGUCCAAUUGAGAUGUUACGGUUGAGGGCCCUGACUAACUGGGAGCCUCAUGGAUGAGUCCACUCUGGGCCUUGCCUCCCUACAGGCCCAAUCCUGGAAGGGGCAGAUGGCUCAGGAGCCAGGGUGGUGUCAGCUUGGUGUCCUGCGUCCAGUAGCACUUCCUUCUAGUUCCUUCACCCAGCUCUUCCUCGGAGGAGAGAAAGCACAGCUGAAGUCAAGCCCUUGCACCAAGAAGGGGGCUGUGUCUCCUUUGCCUGCCCUCUUGUUUCUUCAAGGGGGCUCCUAAAACAAGGUAUGUGGGUGCCUGCACCUGCUGUGUUUUGGAGGCAGAUGAGUGGAAGACAGAACAGCACAGAGCUAGAGAGGAGACUCUUGCCUCCCGCCCCUCCCCUGGCCGAAGCAAGCCACACUGUGGGAGAGCCCCUGCCCUCCCUAGCCUGCCUCAGUGCCUGAGAUGCUGCCAUUGCACCCUGUUUGGUGAAGGGCCAGAGUCCGUAUUUUACUGAAGACGGUAGUCUGUCAGAAAGCCAUUGUCACGUGAGGGAGCUAGCUGGCUUGGCUCCUCGGAUGGAACGCGAGGGUGCCGUAGGUAUGACCUGUGUGACAAACCUGACCUCAUUGUGCCCCGAGACUACUGUAGCCCCUUUCUUCUCAGUGGAGAGAAGAAAUCAUGUUCUUAAAUAGGAAUAAAACUGGCUUCUCUGAACC